GCCUGCUAUACCGCAACCUGUGACAAAAUUUCUUCAGUUUUCUACUCGUAACAUUCUAUUGCAAAACUAAAGGAAAAAUUAUAUUCAUCUAAUUUAUAAAAUUGUUCCAAAUAGUGAAUUAAUUUCGUUAUUGUAGAAAUGAAAGCGUUGUUCGCAUCUCUCUUGACUAUACUGUUUUGCCACGUAUCUGCUGAAGAGCCCGUUAAUUUGACGUGUACGGAAUUAAAUAAUACAUUUUUCGGUUCGGCUUUCUACGUUUUCUCUUCAACACCAACUUACAAUGGAUCAGACUAUUACCUUCAAAGUAAAAAUAAUGAGGAAGGUGUGAAAGUUGGCGUGAAUAAUUGGUCAGCACUUAAUAGUAAAGGCUUUGAUCCUUCCCGUAAAACUGUUUUCAUUAUUCACGGAUACAUAGCUCAUCGUAAAAAACCGUACAUCAUUGAAAUGACAAAACAACUUCUUGAUACUAACAAUAUUAACCUUAUUGUGAUAGAUUGGAGUAAAGGUAGUAAAACUUGGAACUACAUUAACGCAGUUCAAACUACUUACCACGUUGCUCAAGAUCUAGUCAAGUUUUUGCAAACAAUGAAGGAAGAAGUAGCUAAGUUAAACAAACCUGCAAGCGAAGAAUGGAAAAAUUUAUACCUCAUCGGACACAGUCUUGGAGCACACAUUAGUGGUCAAACAGGAUAUUUAUUAAAACAAAGAGAUCAGUCCUUUAAAGUUGAAAGAAUUACUGGAUUAGACCCAGCGCAGCCUUGUUUCAUAAGCGUUGAACAAAAUGCGAGACUGGACAAAUCAGACGCAGAUUUUGUUGAUAUUAUCCAUACUCAGACUGGGCACGGAAAUGGAAUUAAUGCAUUUGGUUUAGAAAAUCCUGUUGGGCACAUUGACUUUUAUGUGAACGGGGGUGUCAUGCAACCAGAGUGUGAGGCUAAAUCAAUCUUUUAUACGGAGAUAAACAAGAUGAUUUGCAGUCAUAAUUUAGCAAAUUAUUUCUACGCCGAAACCGCUGGUUAUUCGAAAUCAAAAUACUGUAAGUUUGUUGGUCGCAGCUGGGAUGGCAGUUACAGUGACGCAGUCCGAAUAUUGGAUGAUGUUGAAAAGGGCAGCUCUUGUUCAAAUUGUCCAGAAAUGGGUUUGAACGCUAUAAAUUAUAAGAAGAAUACAGGAAAAUACUUAGUAAUAACAUCUACAAAGAAACCAUAUUGUCAACUCAAAACAGAUGAUAAAGAUAAAUUGAUUAAAGGAUUUGGGAGAUUAAAUACAACGACUGUUCUAUUCCCUGCUAGUACGUUCGAUCCCGAAACUAUGUUUGAAGACUGGCUGUCAUAAAAUAAUGCUCGAUAUAGCAGAUAAUAAUUUAUUGUAAAAUAAGAAAUACGCAAAAAGUAGCCAACAAUUUGUCAAGUCCAGCAAUAGAUAUCUUAUCCCUUACCACGGCAAA